UCCUCAGCAACCAACAACCAUGGCAUCUCUGCAAGUUUUCUGUGUUUCCAACCAAUACUGGAACUCUAUCAGAGUUCCUAAAGCAAGAACAAACAAGUUCAGCUUAGGUAGCUCUGUUAUCCGAAGUGAAGAAGUGGGUUCUCUGAAUUUAAACAAAGAAAAUGAUAGAAAGAAACCUCAAAUUCUUAUAGCAGGUGGAGGUAUUGGUGGGUUGGUCUUAGCUCUGGCAGCAAAGAACAGAGGAUUUGAAGUAAAAGUGUUUGAGAAGGAACUAAGUGCAGUGAGAGGGGAAGGUCAGCAUCGUGGCCCAAUUCAGCUUCAGACCAAUGCAUUGGCAGUAUUGGAAGCCAUUGAUAAGGAUGUUGCAGAGCAAAUCAGGGAUGCAGGUUGUAUCACUGGUAAUAGGAUCAAUGGCCUGGCUGAUGGUCGAUCAGGUGAAUGGAUUACAAAAAUUGAUCUCCUAACUCCUGCUCUAACAAGAGGGCUCCCUGUUACUAGAGUGAUCUGUAGGAUGACUUUACAAGACAUUUUAAUGGAUGCAGUUGGAUCAGAUAUAGUGUAUAACAGAUCUAAUGUCGUCGACAUUAUAGAAGAACCUGACAAGGUCACUGUAGUUCUUGAAGAUGGUCGACGAUUCGAAGGGGAUUUAUUAGUUGGGGCAGAUGGAAUAUGGUCUAAAGUUCGUUCAAAACUAUUUGGAUGGAAAGAAGCAAAAUAUUCAAAUUAUACAUGCUAUAGUGGAUUACUGGACUAUGUGCCACCAUACAAUGACACUGUUGGAUUACGGGUGUUCUUGGGCUUGAAUCAGUUCUUUGUUGCUUUGGAUGUUGGGGGUGGCAAGAUGCAAUGGCUCAGCUUCCAUAAAGAACCUCCAAGGAAUACUGAUCCUUUAGGAGGGAAGAAGAAGAGACUUCUUGAACUGUUUGGGAGCUGGUGUGAUGAAGUUACUAUGUUAAUUGCAGAAACACCAGAACAUAUAAUUCUACAGAGAGACAUCUAUGAUAGAGAUAUGAUCUGUUGCUGGGGCAGAGGACUUGUGACUCUAUUAGGUGAUGCUGCACAUCCUAUGUAUCCAACUCUUGGCCAGGGGGGUUGUAUGGCCAUUGAGGACUGUUACCAACUCAUAGUUGAACUUGAGAAGGUUGUUGAGAGCAACUCUGGUACUAAAAUGUCAGAAGAAAUCUCUCACGCACUCAAAAGGUAUGAGAGAAAUAGAGUGAUCCGUAAUGGUAUCCUACAUGCAGUUGCUCGGAUGGCAUUAAGAAUGGUCUCCUUUUACAUUCCUAACUUAAAUUUCGGGUGGAGAAUAAGAGACCCUGCUUUUCAUAUUGCACGUUUCGUUUCUGGGCUUGUAAUGCAACGGAUGAUGAAUUGGAUUAUAAAUGGUGAUGGGGUUUGA